UAGAAUUGCCUGUUUCAACCAAAGCAAACGAAGUCUUCCACCAGCAGCUUGCUCACACUGUCUCAGUAUGUGUCGUUUGAUUCUAGCCCUCACAUUUGCACUUGCAUGGUUUUUAACUAUCCAAGCAGAUAUUUGCCAUGAGAAGUUCAAGCAAUCUCAGUUUCGGUGUGCGAAAGUCACAGCCCCUGACCGACAGUGUGUACUCAAAUGGUACGAAUGCGAUUCCGUAAUAGAUUGUGACGACUUCAGUGACGAAGAUCAUUGUGAAAAGGAACAUGCAGCAAACUGCAUCAAUGAUUUCGCUGGCAAACCUUUCGGUAGCUUCCAGUGCAAUGAUAAAAUGUGUAUUCCAGAAUACCAAAAGUGCGACGGGACAUCCAACUGUAUGGAUCAGAGUGAUGAAACAGGUUGCAAAUAAGUUCAAUCCAAUUAAAUUCAAGCUUAGUCAACUACAUACAAUUUGACCAAUGGCCAACCGAAGAGCCAGUUACUAUAACAAUAAUUAUGUGUCUAGUGUUAUAGCCUUUUUGCAUGAUGCUAUCGAUUUAUUACUCUCUCCAUGGUUUAACUCAAUUGGUAUAUAUUGGAUAUUGUGAAUUUUCAGUAGGAGUAGGGCUGAAGAAGGUUAAUUAAGGUAUCGUGUGAUGUAAUUUAUAAGUUAUUUGAUUUCAUUUGUUAUUGUUUCCCCCCUCCCCACCCCCUUCGGAUGCACCGUUAGGUAGGCCUACGAGUGCAAGUGUAUAAAUUAUUGUACAUUGUGUAUUGUGUAUUAUUAUCUCAUUGCAUGGCUCCUACAUGGUUAAUAACAGAUGGAAAAUAUAAAAUAUCAAUUGUAAAGCUUUGAUUCCAUGAAAUCGCUACGUCCUAUCACAUACAGUUGUCGGUGACGCUGAUUGGUCGGUGAAUCUUAAUGGAGCCUACCCUAUUUUGCUGGGGACAUCUUCGGUAGUGUAGCGAAUGCAGAGAAAACUGUUUAGCGGUAUCAUAGUGUACUUUUUUUACGAAAACUUAAAAACAACAUUACAGUGACGUCAUUAAUUAAAAAUUGUUUUUAAUCCGAUAUCACCAAUAAGAAAUAUCUUGAUUAUUUACCAUUGUUUUAUUAGAAACAGUUCUAUACACUUACAUUUUACCAUAAUUUUGUCAGUCAAUGUUCUAUUCAUUUGUGUACCUGUUAUCUCCAAGACAGAAGUUAAAUAAAGAAAGAAAACCUAAGAGAACCAGUGGCUUAAUCAUGUGGUUGCCAAAGGUGACUGAACACCCCCUUCUUGUUUAAACAUGAAAAUAGCAUAUUAAGUAAAUAUCAAAGUAAGGGCUGCUUUAGACGAUAACAACCGAUUUUAUAGUUUUGUCAGGUAGUGUAGUAUCGAAAUGCUCCAUCCUUGGCUUUGCUCAGUUCCAGUAGCGGAUUAAAGGGAGGGGGAGAGCCACCCCUCCCCCUACCUUGUUUUUUUUUUUAAUGGAGAUAUAAAGAAAAUUUUAAUCAAAUUUUAAGUCUGGGAGUGCAAUUUUCGGCCAUCAGGUGCCAUAAUCACAAAUUUUCUUGGUAUAGAUCCUCCAUCUGUGAAAGCACCUCCCCGGGCUCCUCUAUUUUGAAUUCCUGGUUCCACCAAUGAGUUCAGUGGAUAUAAUGCCCUAAGUUCUAUUUAGCACCCACAUUUGCCAAUGGAUACAAAUGAUAUUGAAUUUUAAUAGAAAAAUAUAUAUAUAUUGAUAGAUAGGCCUAGUAGUAGUGGAGUAUAAAACUUAAUAUGAAAUUAGUUGGAUUAUUAGACUUCAUUGUAUAGAGCGCUUUAAAAAUGCUUGUUUAUUAUUAUUAUUAUUAUUAUUAUUAUUAUUAUUAUUAUUAUUAUAAUUAUUAUUAUUAUUAUUAUUAUAUCUAUAAUGUCAUAUUUCGAUGGUAAUAAAUCAUUGCUUAAAUACAUUACAGGAUAUAAAAGUGCUGUUAUUUUUUUGUUUUGUUUUGUUUUGUUUUUUUUCGUAUUGUGUUUGCAUUCAGAUGACGGAUUGACGGGCCUAAGCCCUAUCGAUUGUCAUCUUGACGUAAUAAACCAGACCGACGCCGGAUUUCCAGUACACUGGACACGGCAUUCCGGACCUCCUAGCCCCGGGUGGAAAGAUAACCGCAUCUUCAUUAACAUGCAUUGGUUUUCCUGAAGUGUUAGAGAUUUAGUUACAUUCAUUGACGGUGAUGACAUGAAAAACUAUGAGAAAUACUCUUACUGUUGUGAAAGAAGAGUCGUUGACAAGUCUGAGUCCGACAAAACCUGAUAGAGGUUUUUAAUUUAAAAGCAUAAUUAGACCUACAUAAAUACACACAAUUAUUAACAUUAUGUUUCAGUUGUUUUAGCACAAUUAUAGUAAAUAUAUCUUUAAAUUAUGGACUAUAAGUAUUACUCUAUUCCAAUUUAAAUAUUAAAACAACAAUGUUGAGGCAGUACGUUUGUAAAGCUUCAGUUUGUGGAUGGGUUUCUUUUUUUCUAUUUUUGUUAAAUCUUAAUGUGUGUUUUUUCAUUCGAUAAGAGCAUGUUUCUAAAAAAAUCUUUAAUUAUCACCAGUUUCUUCAUAUCAAGGUUAUAUUAUCAUAUCUUCAAGUUUCCGUAUUUAAAUAAUCAGAAAAUAUUUUAAUG